AUGGAUGAACUGAACCUGCAAGAUGGAGAGUAUGUACCUAGAAAUGCUCAAUAUGAGAACUUCCACGUGGAACAGAAGGGCUAUGACCAAAUGUAUGAUGGCGAGGAUCUCGAAACGCCACCAUCACCGGAUAGACCGCCGCCACGACCAAUAGACAAAUAUAUACGCGCGGAGUGCCCCUGCCUAAGUGCGCGUUACACCGUGGCGCUGCUAGCAUGUUUCGGGUUCAGUAUCAUGUUUGGUAUGCGCUGUAACAUGAGUAUGGCUAAGCUUAAGAUGGUUGAAAAGCAUAACAGCUCGGAAGGCGUUUACGAAAACACCCCGUUUAACUGGACAGUAGAAGUUGAAUCUUCGAUUGAUUCCUCUUACUUUGCGGGUUACCUUAUCACUCAACUACCAGGCGGCUUUCUCGCUGCCAUGUAUCCAGCGAAUUGGAUUUUCGGUGUGGCAAUAGUAGCGUCAUCUUUUUUCAAUAUGGCGAUUCCUGGUGCCAUGUCUAUUGGACCCGCAGCCGUUGUUAUGCUUAAAGUAGCUCAGGGGUUUGUUGAGGGUGUCACCUAUCCAUCUUGCCACGGUAUCUGGAGGAAUUGGGCGCCUCCUCUUGAGCGUUCUCGGCUAGCUACUCUUGCCUUCUGCGGGACCUAUGCUGGUAUUGUCAUCGGCAUGCCCUUAUCUGGUCUGCUUAGCGAUUAUAUAUCCUGGCAAACACCAUUUUACUUCUACGGCGUUUCUGGGGUUAUCUGGUACUUUAUGUGGUUGUGGUUGGUAUUUGAGAAGCCUAGCAAGCAUCCUCAUAUUUCGGGCAAGGAGUUAACCUAUAUCGAGCAAUCCUUAGGCACGGCCGCGCAGGCCGCAAUGCCCGAUUUUUGGAAUACGCCAUGGAAAGCUUUUGCUACAUCCCCACCGUCGGGUUUCGUAGGCGCAAUACCUCAUCUCAUUAUGACAUCGCUGGUUCCUAUCGGGGGCAUGAUGGCUGAUUAUUUACGAAAAAAUAAUAUUAUGACAACAACCAGUGUUCGCAAACUGUUUAACUGUGGUGGAUUUGGUCUUGAAGCUUUCUUCUUUGUUUUGGUAGCUUACGCUGAUAAUAAAUACGUGGCAACCAUAGAGCUGACUCUUGGCGUGGCGUGCAGUGGAUUUGCUAUAUCAGGAUAUAACGUCAACCAUUUGGACAUCGCACCUAGAUAUGCAUCCAUCUUGAUGGGUCUGUCUAACGGUAUUGGUACAAUUGCUGGUUUUAUUGUACCAAUCGUCAUAAACAACAUUACCAAAGACAAGGAAAAUCUCGAAAAAGCAAUAACGGAAUGGCGUGCUGUCUUUCUAAUGGGAGCGACGGUCCACUUUAUUGGUAUAACAUUUUACGCGAUAUUUGCAUCCGGCGAGCUACAACCAUGGGCCGAGCCCACGCCGCAAUACGAAAGUCCCAUGAAACCUUUGGACCAUGAGACUACAUUCACGGAGCAACCAUCAGCACCUCUAAAGGGCACAGAAGCUCCUGGCUAUGGUGCCAUUGCUGCACCGCCUCCGCGUCCUCCAGCGCCUCAACAACACGUCCCCAACAAUCCUUUCGUCUCUGGAGCUUUCUACCAAGCCGAACCGGUUCAACCACCAGCCCAUGAUUACGAACAGCCAAGUGAAGAUGGCACUUAUUAA